GAGCCCAGAGACUCCGCCCCGUACUCCAGUCCCGGAAGCGAAAGCUGCUCCGCCUCUUCCGAGCCAGGGUCGCGACCUUGAGGCCGGGAUCGGGUUUCGGAGCGUGUCGGGCCUCCCGGGGCCCUGAAGCCCUCUCUCUCGCCAUGGCUGCGGCCCGGAACCUGCGCACCGCGCUCAUAUUUGGCGGCUUCAUCUCCAUGGUCGGCGCCGCCUUCUACCCCAUCUACUUCCGGCCCCUUAUGAGGCUGGAGGAAUACCAGAAGGAGCAGGCUGUAAAUCGAGCUGGUAUCGUCCAGGAAGAUGUGCAGCCACCAGGGUUGAAAGUGUGGUCCGAUCCUUUUGGCAGGAAAUGAGGCUGCCAGCGAGUCUGAUGAGGAAAGUGGACAUCUUCAUCCUGUGA